AUGCGUUGCCACGACCACCUGCACCACCACGAGCGGCAAUCAGAGUCUCAGAGGGUGCAACGAGGGUCCACAGAAGACUCGAAGUAUCGGUACGGUGGGCAGAUAUGGUUGAGUCUUCCUUCGAGGCUAACAAAUGGACCUGCGUGUCUAAAGGCACCUAAGAAAAGGCUGUCAGAAGUGAAUUCCAAAUUUCGCCUUAAAGAAGUGAACGGUGCAUUUUAG